GGGUAUGGGCGGAGUUUAGGGCGGCGCUGAGUCACGUGAUUUCGCGGAAAGCGGCGGCGGCGCGAGCGAAGGAGACCCCCAGUGACCCCAAGUACGUCAUAGCGCCCCCGCAGUGCCCCCCAAGUGGCGCCCCAUGGCGGAGGGGCCCGGGGGGCGCCGGCUGCGGGCCUGGCUGGUGGCUCAGCUGGAGAGCGGCCGCUUCCCGGGCCUCGAGUGGGACGACGCUGAGCGGACGGCGCUGCGCAUCCCCUGGCAGCACGGCGGGAAAGGGGGAGCCCGCGGCGGCGCCGGCGCCGCGCUCUGCAGGGCGUGGUCCGAGCUGAAGGGGCGCGUGGCGCCGGGCGGGGGGCGCUGGGACGCCGCGGGGUGCAAAACGCGGCUGCGCUGUGCGCUGCACAAGAGCCCCGAAUUCCAGGAGGUCCCCGAAAGGUCCCGGCUGCGCGGGGACAAACCCUAUAAGGUCUACAGGGUCCUACCGCCCCCCCGGCCCCGCCCGGCGAGGGCACACGGAAAGGGGGGGCAGCACGCGGGGAACCCCGAGGAGAGAGGGACCCAUAUUGCCCCACACUGCCCCACAGCGCCUCGCGCCGAGCCGCCCCCCCCGCCAGCAGAGUCCCCGUCGCCGCUGAGCCUCAGCCUGGAGAGCCGCGAGCCCCUGCCCCCCAACGAGGGUCCGCUGCGCCUCUCCGUGUCGGCCUGGCGGGGGGGGUCGCUGGCCUGGCGGGGGUGGCUGCCCCCCGGCGAGUACCUGCUGGUGUCUCCGCCCCUUCCGGCCGAGGCCCCGCCCCUGCCCCGGCUGGUGCUGCGGGGGGCGGGGCUGGGGGGGGGCGUCCUCCUCGCCUCCGCCCCCCGCGGCAUCUUCGUCCGCCUGCGCCGUGGGGCGGCUGUGGGGCAGGUGAGGUGCCGGGGGCCCCACCUGCCGGGGGGCGGCGAGAGCCUCAGGCCCGGGGAGCUGCUGCGGCCCUUCGACAGCCGGAGCUUCCGCGAAGAGCUGAGCCGGCACCGGGCCGGGCUGUGCCCCCUCCCCGAGCACCGGGUGACGUUGGUUGUGGGGCAGGAGCCGGCGCCCCACGGCCAGACCCACGGCGGAGACCUCGUCCUACAGCUCGAACAAGCCUUCGCGCAGCCUCUCCUGGACGCCUCCUCCGCCCCAUCCUGCCCCACAGCCUCCCCCCAUCUCCCCACACCCCCUUCCGGCUGCCCCACAGCCGCCCCACGGCGCCGCUCACCUCAAUAAACCCCGCAGCUCAAUAUGGCGCCGGCGCCAUUUUCUCUCUCUUUUCUCCUCUUCCCUUCGCGCCCGGCAGCCAAAAAGGCGGGAAAACCCCUCCGGUUAUCCGCUCGCGCUUCCCAUUGGCUGCGCCGUUACCACGUG